AUGGGACGUAUCGCCACCGAGGUUCGAACCCCGAACGGAUCCAUUAAAUGGGGUUGCUACUUGUCCCGAAGAUCCACCUUGGAGGACGCGGUGGACGAGUGCAUUGCGCAGAUCCGCCGGGCCAUGAAAUCUGGAUCCGGAUCCGGAUCCAGCGGGACCCUGGUCUCGGAGCCUCCUCAGCCCGAGUUGGCCAUCGUGUUCGUGUCUGCGGCGUUCGGCUCUGACUUUGACCGAUUGGUCCCCUUGCUUCGCGAGAGACUGCCCUCCCUGAAGCACGUGUUUGGUUGCUCGGCGUUCGGUGUGCUCGGUGGCGGCCGGUCGGGUACGACAGAGGCGGAUGGGGAGCCGGCGCUGAGUCUCAGCUUGGGUACCCUUGGAGGGGUGGAUAUACGUGUGUUUCACACGCUUCGGAGCAGCGUGCCGGAGGAGGAUGCCGCUGUGGAGCGCUGGGCAGAGUUCGUUGGCGUUCCCGCGGACACCAACCGUCACGUGUCCUUCCUCAUGUUUAGUGACCCACGGUUCACUCAACUGUACAACAUCUUGGAAGGUCUGGACUACUCUUUUCCGCGAGCCACAAAGCUGGGUGGGAUGCUGAGUGUGGGUGUCAGGUCGCGUCAGAGGGCCAUGUUCGCAUGGAGCGCACAACAGGAUGUACGGACGCGAGUCAAGCCGCGGGCUGCCGCCGCCGCUGCAGCGGCUGCAGCGGCCGCAGCGGCCGCCACCAACGCGGAUGCCGCCGCCGCCGCCACAGGCGCGCAAGAAAGCGGUAGCGGCAGUAACGGAGGUGGCGGUUGGUUCCAACGGUCUUUAAAUCUCAUCAGCAAGCUGACUGGGCAGGGGGCCGGCGGCGGUGGGGGCCGGCGGCAGGGGGUCAGCGGCGGCCUGGCCGCCGCCUUCGGCGGCGGCAGCGGAGCCGCCGCCGCUGCCGCUGUCACGGCGGGAGACGACGACUCGGACACGGUUAUGAGCAAUGGGAUGUACUUGUACGGCGCCGUAUGUCUUGUACUGCAUGGUGACGUCAAGCUCGAUGCCAUCGUGUCGCAGGCCACUACCGCGGGUAUGAGCACGGGCUCCUUCGCCCCCGCUGGACACAUCCUCACCAUCAGUGACGCCCGAGAGGCGCCUCCGACACCGCUACCGCCGCCGCCCUCAGCCCCCUCGGACCCCUCGGGCACAUCACCUCCGGGACCGUCCUCCUCAUCGCCGCCAUCGCCAACCUUGUCGCCGUCCCCGUCAUCAUCGCCAUCAUCACCCACAUCUAGCAGCGGCGGCGGCGACGGCGGCGGCGGUACGGCAACAGGCGCGGCGACAUUGGGCGGCCGAGGAACGUCCUCCCUCCUGCCCGCCUCCUACUCCUCCUCAUCAUCAUCAUCGUCCUCUUCCUCGAAUGCGUCCUCCUCGGCUAGCAGUAGCAGUAGCAGUAGCAGUAGCGGUAACAGCAGUAGCAGUAGCGGCAGUUUAGGUGGUAGGUCGCGAGGGAGCUUGCGCGGCUUUGGCGGCCGCGGCAGCGGCGCCGGCUUCGGUGGCGGCUUGUCGUCGUUUCUGGGCGGUGGGGCUGCUGCCCGUCGCGGUGGCGGCGGCGGUGCGGACAAUGAUGAUGACGACGACGACGAUGAUGACGAUGACGAUGAGGGGCUGGAUGAGGAUGACCUCAUGUCCAUGUACGCCGCAAUGGGAGUGUCGGGGACACCUUCCCUUGCAGCCAUCAUUGACGUGGUUGAGGCGCUAGGCAGUGAGAGCGCCAGCUGGGAGGAGGUCAUGGAGACGUGCGCGGUGGCGGUGGCGGCCGACACCACGAAGCCGCUGGAGGAGCUAGGGCCCGCCGACUGGGAGAUCAUGGAGCUCAAGGGAGUUGAUCAGGAGUUCGGCACCAUCAUGGUGGACGGUGAGGUCCGUCGAGGCUACCGAAUUAAGAUCAUGGUUCGCGACCCCCCCGGCCUUUCAGAGGACCUGCGCUCGCAGCUGUUGGCUUACAAGCGGGAGGACCUGCGGCGGGUGCUGUCCGGCGCCCCACUGCCCCCGAGCUUUGGAGCACUUGUGUUCUCUGAUGUGGAGCGCACCCCCACCAGCAGCGGAAGUGAAGUCACCGAGUCGGAGCUCAUCAACUCCUAUCUGCCAUUGCCCACGGGCGGCAUGUUUGGAGGAGCCCAAAUCGCGCCCCUGCCUGGCGGUGUUGAACUUGUCGAGUACUCCUCCGUAAUCGGCGUGCUUCGCGCCAUGAACGCCCUGCCUCCGGAGCCGUUGCGGAGCAGGGAAGAUGGGGAGGAGGGGGAGGAGGAGGGAAAUGGGAACGUACGGAACCAUCCCGGCAGUGCGCGUGUGCAGGCCCACUGUUUGGUGUUUUUUGUUCGGGGGAAAAAGUGGGGAGGGCAAGAGAGGAGCCAGUUCUGGACGUGA